AUGACAAAAUAUUUGAAAAAAUAUACCGGACUAGAUCAGUUAUUGCUAGAACCUAAAAAUUAUAUUAUCGAAGUUUUAAAAUAUCUUCCUAUAUAUAGUGAGGUAGAUGAAAAUGACAAAUUGAUUAAUUUGAUUGGAACUAAUAAACAAUGGUUUCUUCUACCAACAGAAGAUGAACAAUCUUAUGGAAAAAUUAUUGUGCCAAAAAAUAAAGAUGUAUUUUUACAUGUUGGAACUGAUAGUAGUGACAGUUACAGAUAUCUUCUUGAAGAUGUAAUCAAAAUUCCACGUCUACAGCAUGUAAGAUAUUGGAAGGAAUUUGUUUUACCAUAUUUGGAAAAACGUAAUUUUGAUGAAAUUAAAUUAGUUAUCAAAAGACUUUUUGAAGUAUCACCUGUACUUAUGACAAAUGAUAAUGAGUUUAAAGAGCAAUUAUCAGAGACUAAAUUUGUACCUAGUGGAUCGAUAUUGAUGGUCCAAGGAAAAGCAGCAGGUGAUGAUAAAAUUGUAUUAUCUAAACCGAAGGAACUUUACGAUCCAGAGCUUCUAGAAUUCUUCUUUGAUGAUGAAAAACUUAAUGGUUUUCUUUAUGAAUUGGGAUUAAAACGUUCAUUAUCAAUUAAUGACAUAUCUGAUCGAAUAAAAUCUUACUGUGGUCAUAGAAUGAAUGUCCACUUUGUCUAG